GCUUCUAUUUCCUUCACGGAUCAAUCGACCCGAGCGCGUUCACGGGGCAAGUGGUAUGUACCCUUCGGUUGAUUAAAAGUGUAUUAUUCAUCUUUCCAAGCACCCGCGAAUGAGAAGUGAAGCGGAUCAACAAGCAUCUUAGCCGUGCGGAGCGGAAGUGAUCAAUCGCAGUGUGUGGAAUUAUCGCAGUACAGUUUUCCCUCACGAUAGAGUUGGCGGAAAUUUGGGAGAUAGCAGUAGUUUCCAUCGAAGCAAAUAUUUAACCAAAGUGUUUGUGAGUGAGUUUAUCGAGUGCACGAAAAGACGCAUGAGAUUGAAAGUUGUUUGGAUUUUUCGCAAGGUGUGAAGUGAAAGAUCGGGGUAUAAUUAGCAUAGAAGAGAGAGGGAGAGGAAGAGAAAUUUUAGCUAAUUGCAAGUGCUGGAAUUGAAACGUGCUACAUAGUGGCCUCGCAUUAGCAGCAAAUCGAAAUGAAUACCCAUUUACAAGGAUCGACCCCAAGGUCUCCCGCACCGUCACCGGAUCCUGACGUUGACGAGGGUAGUUCCAAAAAACAAGCUACAAGAGUUUUUAAAAAAAGUUCUUCGAAUGGCAAAAUUACGGUCUACUUGGGAAAGCGUGACUUCGUCGACCACAUCACACAUGUCGAUCCGAUAGAUGGUGUCGUGCUGAUAGAUCCCGAAUAUGUGAAGGAUAGGAAAGUUUUUGGGCACGUCCUGGCGGCCUUCCGGUACGGGCGUGAAGAUUUGGACGUGUUGGGACUAACCUUCCGAAAGGACCUUUACCUAGCAUCGGAACAGAUCUACCCACCGCUGGAAACGGACCGAUCGCUCACCCGCCUACAGGAGCGUCUGAUUCGCAAACUCGGCGCUAACGCGUAUCCCUUCUACUUCGAGGUGCCGCCGCACUGUCCGGCCUCCGUUUCGCUGCAGCCGGCCCCGGGCGACACCGGCAAGCCGUGCGGCGUGGACUAUGAGCUGAAGGCCUUCGUCGGCGAGACGCAGGAGGACAAACCGCACAAACGAAACUCGGUCCGGUUAGCGAUAAGGAAAAUCAUGUACGCUCCCUCGAAGCUGGGCGAGCAGCCGUCGAUCGAGGUCAGCAAAGAGUACAUACUGAAACCAAAUAAAAUUCACCUGGAGGCGAGUCUGGACAAGGAGCUUUAUCACCACGGCGAAAGCCUGGCGGUGAAUGUACAUAUAGCGAAUAAUUCAAGUAAAACAGUUAAGAAAAUUAAAGUGUCAGUCCGACAGUUUGCGGAUAUCUGUCUCUUCUCUACGGCGCAGUACAAGUGCACAGUUGCAGAGGUGGAAUCCGAAGACGGAUGUCAGGUCGCACCCGGUUUCACGCUAUCGAAAGUGUUUACGCUGACGCCACUGCUGGCCAAUAACAAAGACAAGUGGGGCCUGGCACUUGACGGGCAGCUGAAGCACGAGGACACCAAUCUGGCCUCGAGCACGCUGUCUCGCACGCUGGUCGACGGAAAAUAUAGAAUUGCUGAUCCGACACAAAGAGAAAAUCUAGGCAUCAUCGUGCAGUAUAAGGUGAAGGUCAAGCUGUGCAUCACGCCGUUGGGCGGGGAUUUGGUAGCAGAAUUGCCAUUCAUACUCAUGCACCCGAAGCCGGAUGACGAUGAGCCCGUGAUAGGGGACCGCUCACCUGGCCGAACGGUGAAUAGUGCCGACCGGAAACACUCCUAUCAACCCGGUCACGAAAUAGGUUCGAACAGUAAUAACGGGGACGCGAGCGCAGUGAAGGAGGACGGGCCAAAUCUAAUCCAGCUGGAUGGCGACGACAACUGUCAAGACGACGAUAUUAUAUUUGAAGAUUUCGCCCGAUUGCGCUUAAAAGGUGCCGAAACGGAAGCUUAAAACUGCUGUGACGACAACUUCGGCUACAACUCUGCUACUUGUAGUGCUAGCACAAAGAUGUGCGAGAACGUUUGCCCGGUCGAAAUAUACCUCUGCCGCGGCCUCAGACCAUCAUCAGUACUGUACAGCGAUUGUUAACAGAGGGUGUGUGCUGAGGAGGUUUUCGCGAACUCCUCAAAAACCAUGUUGGCGCCCCAUUACACACACACACACACAAUGCAACUCAAGCUACGCCAAAGUGUGGGCUCUGGAUGAUUUCGAAUUGAUUGGCUGGGUCCUUCCUACUCCACACGCACACACACACACGCGGUAAUGUUUAAACCCAUUGGUUAGGGGUCAUUCCGAGCAGCGAGCAAAUUGUGUCACACAAACGUAAGGACCAACGUCUUUAUAAGUUUUCCGGUGAUUUUCCGAACCGGAGAAAGAGGAACAAAAUCACGCUAAUCGAGCAUAGAUAAGCUAUUGUUAAAGUUUAUUCUGCAACAGCAUCUAGCUAUUCAAUUUCCAAGCAACUUCCAUCUUACACAAACUCGGUAGGUUUAUUUACUGGAGCUGCAUGGUAUUAUAAAGAACUAUAGACACCACGACGAUGACGAUAAAAAGCAAAUACAAAGCGUAGUACAGUGUCGUACGUUCGUCUGAAAGGAUAAGCUCUUCUGUUUUUAAACUGCGUUCGCGUUGAAUGUAAGUUUCAGAUUUUAAGGUUCAUGGACCACAAAUACGCGCUUUAGUACUGUACUGUGCGCAUCAACACCACUCCUUUGUGCCCCGUCGCUUCUUUCCUCAAUCAGCGUGUGCUAUACGCUAGCAUUUUUCUCCCUUCGCUAUAAAACAAUUGCAAAUCACUUACCGCCGAUCGGGUAGAUCGGCAAAAACAAACGUCUCAAUACGCAAUACGGCUACCGAUAGUUUUACACAACUACCGCCAUCGAAAUUCAAAUGUGUAUCCCUUGCCGUUUGGUAAGCAUGAUACAUCCCCGAAAAUUGCAUUUAUUAUAGCGACAAGAAAUUGAAGGAAGCAGAUCAAAUCAUAAAUAAAUGUUAUUUGUAAUUCACGAAGAGAAAACACGUAGUUCCAUGUGGUUAUCGUGCAAUCGUCACAUAGUCAGCGGUGUACACUUGGUAUUUGGUAUAUGGUCUUAUUUCAUCGUACGGCUCUGUGAAAGUAUAGCCAGAUGUACAAGUAAGAUGAUUUCCAGAGGCACAAGUUACACAAACCAAUUUUACUUAUGGUGUUUUUAAAUGUUCGAUGUUUGAUUUUAUCUUUUUUCGCUUAACUCUGUUCGUAUUAUCGUUUAUUUUAUGUUUCUCUUUUUUUUAUUAUUAUUUACGCAACCGGUAUAUCUACUUCGUUGUAGAGAUAAUCGCACAACACAAAAAAGCAAGUAUUUAUUGGAACAUGUUAGGUAGAAGUUUAAUAUAAGGGACUAGUAAACAACUCUCCCCCAUAACAAAUACAUAGUGCACUCUCAAGCAUAAAAUCGUUACAUGAGUGUAAAGUGGAGCGAAGUAGCUUUAAUAAAAAGUAUUGUAAACAGAGGAAACAUAAGGGGCACGGUCUUCAAGCGCGACGCGCUUCCGUUUCAAUUUGUUAUCAGUGUUUUUGAAUGUCAUCAGCAUUAAACGUAAGACAGAUGCAACCGAACUACGCAUUUAGGUUUUUUUUCAGUCGCCUCCAGCUUGGAAUUAUUAUUUUCUAGUUAACUUAACUAGUACGUUUACAUACGAUAUGAUUGGACCUUAUUAUGCUGACGCCCUGGGUUCCCAGUACUUUGCAUCAAAAGUUGCAAUAAAAAUAUUCAUUCCAAUGCUUCUGCCCUCACUUCGAGCGUACAUCUAAGCGUGCAUUUAUUACGUGUAAAGACAAGUUCUCUGCCUUAUUCAUUCGUGUUUUGAUCGUUUCGAUGUUCCUUCCAACUCACAGAUUCCCCCACGUGCAACAAAAAGGCGCGUAGAUGUUCUUAGCAAAAGAAAAUAGGAACAGCAUAAGUAGAGCAGAAGAGU